AUGUGCUCCUGGGUUGGUGGCCUGGGCUCUGGCCUAGGCCAUUCCCAGGGGGGAGUGGAUGGCAGUGAGACUUCCUUGACCGGCUACAACUUGGAUCUCACCAUGGACUUUGGUGAUGUUAUAUCAUCGCAGACACAAACCAAGGCACUCCUCAAUGAGAUCGAAACACUGGAGGCUGAUCUUACACUUUGGAAACAUUUGUCCAAGGGACCAAAUAGCUCAGACUCCAAUGCCAUCUGGAAACUGAAGAGCACCAUCAGGGACCUAGAAGAGAGGCGGAUGAGGGAGAUCGAGGAACAUCAACUCGGAGUUGCGAUACUGCACAGUGUCCAUCAAGAAAAACUGGCCGACAUCACUGACAGGCACCGCAAACAACUCCUCGAGUAUGAAACACAGAUAGAAGACCUGCAACACCAAGAGUCUGCCGGUCAUGGGAAAGAUGACUUACUUCAAGAAAGGGAAACUGAGCUUAGAAGGUUGAAGCAACAACUUGCAGAAAUGGAGCGGCUGAAUGACCGUUUAAACAACGUUGCUUCUGAUCUCAGAGCAGAAAACCAAAAGUUGGUUUUGGCGCUCCAGGAUGUAGGACAUCAACUGGAAGAAUCUAUUGUCCAGAACAAUGAGGAUUCUCUGGAAAACAACACUGCUGUGAGGGCUUUAAAAAUAGAAAAAGGACGGUUAAUAGCAAAAUUGGCUCGGGUGCAAAAGAAGCUGUUGGAGGAACCAAACAAGGAUGAGCAAACUAUCAAAGAAUUGUCCCCUUUAGAGCAUGUGCAUUUCAUUCAACACAGUCAAGAGAAAGACCUGGAAAUAGUACACCUCAAAAAAAGGAUCGAGCAGAUGGACGCCGACCAUAAAGAAACGAAGGAAAUGCUGUCCUCUGCUCUGGAGGAGCAGAAGCAAUUGAUACAACUCAUUAAAGAGAAAGAGAUGUAUAUUGAAGAACUUACAGGAAGUCCAGAGCUUCAGGAGGAAUUCGACGAGAUCAUAGAACUGGAGUGUGAGGUGUUUCAACUCCAGGAGUUAAAGGAUGAUCUCGAGGAGGAAAUCAGAGAGCAGCAGAAGAUCAUUCACAACCAGCAGCAGGGGAAUAUAGGACUGCUUCAUUCUUUACAAGAGCAGAAGCAGAAAGUGGAGCAGCUCCAAUACCGGCAGGAGCAGAUGAAUAUUGAACACGCUCAGCUCCUUUCAGCGAAAGACGAGGAGAUUCAGCAUUUGCAGGACACGAUAGACCAAAUGAAAGCCCGGUUGCCUGACAAAAGCCAGCACAUUCCGACAGAAGACUGUGAUGAUGUGGAAGUCCCAACCAGUCAGCCUCUUCCCAGACAAAACGCAAGUGAAAAGCUUGAUUCACGUGAAGCCGAAACUCAAAUAUCAGUCCUAGGAAUCAAAGAACACGAACUGGAGAUGAAGCUUCUAACUGAACAGAACAUCCGACUGACGGAACAGAUCGAUCGGCUCUCCAAAGAGGAGAUUGGUAAACUAACUCAGAUUAUCCAGCAGAAAGACUUGGAGAUUCAGGGUCUUUCCAGCAGGAUCUCUGCGGCUUCUCACAGCCAGAACCGGGACGUGGAGCGACUUCAGCGGCAAUUGCAAGAGUACGCUUGGAAAAGCGAACAGGUCUUGGCGGUCUUAAAUGAGAAAACGAGGGAGAACAGCAAUCUGAGGACAGAGUAUGACAAAAUGGCGGAUAGGAUGGCUGCCACAGAAGCAGACCUCCGGCGGAUGCAAGAGGAAAAUCAAAAACUGUCCACUAGAAUGGACAGUAGUGGUCAGGAGAUGUUUAGAGAAACGAUUCAGAAUUUAUCACACAUCGUUCGAGAAAAAGACCUCGAAGUGGAUGCGUUAAGUCAGAAAUGUCAGACUUUAUUGACACUCCUGCAACCCUCCAGCCCUGGUAAUGAGGUUCGAGGCGUUCAUAUGGAUCAGUUCAAGCAGCUUCUACAGGAACGGGACACAUUAAAACAGCGAGUGAAGAUCAUGGAAGAGUGGAAACAGCAGGUGAUGACCACAGUCCAAAAUAUGAAGCGUGAGUCACCCCAGCUUGAGAGAGAGCUGGCACAACUCCAGGCGCGGGCUUUCACCAGCAGCGAGAAGGAUUCUGAACUACCGACGACCUCUAGUGACCUGAUGCAGACGUACAAAGGCAAUGAAAUAAAAUUACAACAUUUAGAGAAGGAACUGGCACAAAUUCAGCUCAGCAUCGGGGAGCUUUGCAAUGCCAAGGAUCUCCUUCUAGGGAAACUGGACGUGAUUUUCCUCGAGCCCUCCCCCGACUGCUCAGAGUCAGCGGACUCUCUGGAGCCCGUGAAAUCUGACAGAGUGGGUGAGGCUUCUGAGUUGCUCCAAGUGGAGGUAGAAGAGCUGAGAAAAUCAAUGCAAGAAAAAGAUAGGAUGAUUCGAACCCUCCAGGAAGAUAAGCAGAGAUGGACUGAUUCAGUGGCUGCCACGUGGGAAGGAGAAGGCCCAGAACAGGAACACAGGGAUUCCGACAUCGAGCAGCUGAAGGAGAAACAGGCCGUUCUACAAAACUUCAUUCGGGAUCAGGAGCUCCGAAUCCAAGCGAAAAGUGAGGACUUGCUUUCUUUGCAGGAGAACUUCCGUAGCCAAGUGAGUGAAAAUGAACUUUUGAGGCAGACGGUCACCAAUCUGAAGGAGAGAAUAGCAGAGUUGGAAAUGGAUGUGUGUCAACCGAGAGAGGAAAAUGCAAAAGUCGAGGAAAACUCUCGAGAAAAGGCAGUGGGAGAUGAGGCAUUGCAAGAGACAGAUAGGCUGCUUUCAGUGAUGCGGAGAGAGGAGGCAUCCCAGGGUGCUGCGAUGAAAGAGAAGGCACUUGCUUUGGAGCAACUAUCGCAAGAGAGAGAAGAGCACGAGACCGGGGUAUUGAACCGGCCGGUCAGUGCAGUUCCAUCAAUGCAGGGAAAGACAGUUCUGUGCCAACAGGGGAGAGAUGAAGUCCUGUUGGCCCUGACACAGAAACAAAUGGAAACCUGUGCCCUCCAGAAGGAGGUUCGCCAUUUACGUGAGAGCGAAUUACGCCUAACCCAGGAGCUGGAGAGACGGCGACACCUCGCUCUAGAAGCCGAAGACGCUCAUCGCCGGGAAGCUCUGGCCUCAGAAGACAAAGUGGCUCAACUCAGGAAGGAAGUGACGGUCUUGCAGGGAAGACUCGUUUUGUCUUCCACUGCCAUGGAAAAUGCCAGCCGAGGAGCCAGUCUGCAGGUAGAGUCGCUGCAGGAGCAACUGCACGUGGUGACCCAGCAGAAAGAGGACACUGCGCUCCAGCUUGCUGCCUCGCAGGAAGAAGGAAGGCAGUAUGGUCACAUCCUAGCUGACCUCAAGUUGGAACUCGCCGAAUGGAUGGAAAAGGCAGACAGCCUCGAAGGAAAACUGAAGUCAUUGCAGGGACGAUUACAUAAAACAAAUGCUGACUUGGAGCUGAAGGAAGACCAACUCCAAGAAUUCCAGAAACAGAAUGAGGUCCAGCAGGAAAUCCUGGAGGACACACAGAAGAAACUGAUGAACUUAGUCAGUAAGUCCGAAGGAAUGGUGGACAAAACCCUACUAAGGAGACUCUUCCUGGGAUCUUUCCAAGCCCCUGACGCUGAACGGCAGGAAGCCUUAAGGUUGAUGGGAAGCAUGCUGGGGAUCCGAGAAGACCAGAUUUGGCAGCUGUUCAAUGAAGGGCCAGGUGGUGUUACCAGCUGGAUGACUCGGGGGCCUGGAUCCAAAAGCGCCCCCAACACACGUGUGAAGCCAAAUCACCGACCUAUGGCCAAGAAUUCUUUUUCAGGGCUUUUCGUCCAGUUUCUAGAAGCGGAAUCUCAUUCAGCUUUGCCACCACCAAAGCCCUCUGCUCAUGACGUGAAGCCCCCAGAUCCCGGAGGAAGGGGAAAACUGGCUAUGAAAAAGGCCCAGCACGUCUGA